UAUGACGUCUAUCCUCUCAGUCACUACUAGCAUCAUGUCUUUUGAUUAGCUAAUGUUUUCGUAUUUUGGGGCCUGAAGCUAUAAAAAUAUAAUUUAUUAAUGUCAGUCGACGUAGCUUUUAUUUAGCACUUCAUAAAGGACAGUCCCAGUAUUUGGAUGGAGUCAUUUUCCAGCUUCUCGUUAUUUUGCAAAAUCACACAAAGGGACCUCAGGUGUCAGGAUUCAAAUCAUCUUUCACCGAAGUGGCAGAAAUAUGGUCAAAUAUUUUUGUAACUCCACAGACAUCAAAAGCACCUGGGACCAUGUUGUCUCUGCUUUUUGGCAGAGAUACCCGAAUCCUUUCAGCACCCAUGUCCUUACCGAGGACGUUGUGUACCGGGAGGUGACCACGGACCACCGCCUCCUCUCCAGACGCCUGCUGAUGAAGACCAAUCGGCUGCCUCGUUGGGCGGAGAGGUUCUUCCCUGUUGGAAUGUCUCGCUGCGUUUACAUCGUGGAGGACUCCAUCGUGGACCCCGUCAACAGAAGCUUAACCACCUACACCUGGAACCUGAAUCACACCACUCUCAUGUCUGUGGAGGAGCGUUGUGUUUUCCAAGACUCGUUGGAGCAGCCAUCAACCACACUACUAAAACGUGAGGCGUGGAUAUCUUCAGGCAUUUUUGGCUUCUCUAAACCCAUUCAGGAGUUUGGCUUGGCCCGCUUCAAGAGCAACCAGGUGAAGGCCAUGAAGGGGCUGGAAUACGCUCUGUCCAAUCUGCAGGGAGAGACGCCCCAAUGGCUGCUCAGAGACACCGUGAAACCUCCAUCAGAGAAGGCCAAGGAGGCGGCCAAGACUCUGGCUUCAGCUGCCAGCGCUCCACAGAAGCCCCAGCAGUACGUCUGAUGGCAGAGCGAUGACGCCUUCACCCUGUUUGCACUUACUGUAGAUUUAUCUUUUAUUCGUUUAUCAGUUCUUUGUUAAAUCUCAGGUCUUUGUAUAAAACCUUUUACUGCUUUAGCUGUCAGAAAGUCCAGCUUCCUGGUAGUUUAUAAUGUUAAUUUAAAUUUCGGGGGGGGACAGCAUUAUGUUAUGAGUUAAAUGGCAAACUGUUAAUCGAUCAUUAGAAAGCAUAAAUGGUUAUGCUGACACUGACAAUCACAACAGAGUGGCUUCUAUUAGAAUGAGCAACAUUUUCACUGAUUUAUCGUGUAAUAAGAACAGCCUGUAACUGUAUGACUGUCUGAGGUGCAAUAAUGAAACUGGAUCAUCUGAUUCUGCUUUUAAAAGCUUCUUCUGGAGAUUGUUUUGUUUUGAUUUCAACGGCUGCAUUCCUUUAAGGUUUGAAUUCACUGGAUUUUUGUCGUUUUGGGAUUCACAAUAAGUGACAAAUGUACUCUUCAUUUUUUCAGGUCAUUUUAAACUUUAAAAUCUCUUGAAAAUCCUCAAUUCUUCCAAUGUUUGAUUUCACAUCAAGGUAAAAUUUCAGAAAGCUCUUAUUUGUUUAGAUAAGCUCCAAUAAAACAAAUG